AUGCCUUCUGAUCAAGCCAUUUCCAUCCGAAAGAGGGCUCGGCUCAUCGUGGGCAUCGAUUAUGGAACGACCUACUCGGGCCUUAGCUUUGCAAUGUCCACAGCCACCGACUUCAAAGACAUCAAGGCUUGGACAGCUUACCCUGGCGCCUCAUUUCAUCAAUCAGAGCAUUGCGAAAAAGCCCCCUCGUUGGUCUCGUUUGACGAUGAGAAUGGGGGAGAGAGCGGUCGAGACCUAUGGGGUUACCAAGUCGAGCCGGACAUGAAAGCAUAUGCUUGGACGAAACUCCUACUUGAUGACUCGGCUCGGGCGUCGGAGUAUGAUGAUCCAGGCCUGAAGAAGGCCAUGGGUAGCGGUAUGAUGAAGUUACCUCAAGGUCGUACUGCAAAGGAGAUCGUCACUACCUAUCUUCGAGGGUUGAAUACCAUGUAUCAAGGAGUUGUGGUCGACAAAUUUGGUCAAGCCUACUUUGACAACCUCCCUGUCGACUUCUGGCUCACCGUGCCUGCAACCUGGUCGGAUGCGGCCAAGCAACUCACAAUAGAAGCGGCUCGGGACGCAGGGUUCGCGUCUCGACCUCAUGAUCGUGUCCGUCUAAUCGCUGAGCCGGAGGCAGCAGCUCAUCUCGCCCUAAGGUCUAGCAUCCAACACGUCCAGGACUUGAUAGAGGUCGGAGCCAGGGUGAUGGUGUGUGAUCUCGGAGGUGGCACCGUGGACAUUACGAGCUACAAAGUUCAGAGCAUUUCUCCAAGACUAAGGCUUCGUUUUGGAUAUGUUUUGAUCACCCAGGAGGAUAUGGAAAGCUUGUUUGACCCCGUCGGGGAUAAGAUUAUUUGCCUAGUGGCUGACCAGGUCAACCGAGUCAAAAAGGAGACCAGCAAAGCAAUCGAUCACCUGGUGCUAGUUGGUGGUUUUGGCUCUUCGCCUUAUAUCAAGGAGCGGUUGAAGGAGUGGUGCCUUGCCCAAAAUAUUAGAAUGACAACACCAUGGAGCGGAGCGUGGUCAGCCGUGGUGUGUGGUGCUGUACUCAGGGGCAUUGAAGGCGCCAUUACGACCGAGAGAAGGUGCAGGAGGCACUACGGGUUCUUAUUUUCAGAAGUCUACGACCCGCAGAAGUACCCAAACUACGACAAAGCCAAACGGAGGGUCUUCAAAACGCAUUACUCAAACCGGUAUAAGCUGUCAGGUUUUGUGAAAUGGUUCGUUGCAAAGAAUGAUAUCCUUCAAGCCGACUGGAACGUUUCCCACCGCCUUAAUGUGGAGCGUGCAUCUCCUAAGCUUGACGGUUCAGUUGCACUCUUCGCUUGUAGCCUCGACGAGGCUCCGGAUACUAUAGAGAGUGACGAUGUCGAAUACGUUGGAAGUAUCGAUUUCGUUCUCGACAAUCUGGAUCUCAGCACAGUCAAAGAGAAGAGGAUAGAUGGCGACCAGAUCAAAUACCGACUUGGUUUGACUUGCAAUCUCCGGGUGUCCGAUGAGGACGGCUUGUUUGAUGUCAAGAUCUGGUAUCAAGGAAAAGAGUGUGGCCAGGGAAAAAUUGUUUUUUCCUACUCGGUUGAAUAG